AUGAUCAAAAAGAUUAUAUUAUUUUUUGCAGUUUUAAUUGCAAUUGUAAUUGGUCAACAACCAUUGAAUGUUGUACCAUAUCCUCAACAAGUUUCUAUUGGUACUUGUGUCAUCCCAGUUGCACCAGGAUCAAUUCUUAUUGAAUCAAAUAUUGAAUCAGCAACAUUUAGUGUUUCAAUGGAUAGAUAUACCAAUUUAUUCUUCCCAUUUAGUAAUGAAAGUGAGCCAUCAUCAAAUGAAAGUUUUUUACUUUCAGUUACAAUCUAUAGUGAUGAUGAAACUCUUCAAUUAGGAAUUGAUGAAAGUUAUUCAUUAAGCAUUGAACAAGGUUCCUACCAAUUGAAAGCAACCAACAUCUAUGGUGCAAUGAGAGGUUUGGAAACUUUCAAACAAUUGAUCGUCUAUAAUGAAUUGGAAAAUAGUUAUUCAAUUGUAUGCGUAUCAAUUAGUGAUUCACCAAGAUAUCCAUGGAGAGGUUUCAUGGUUGAUUCGGCCCGUCAUUACAUCCCAAAGAAUAUGAUACUUCAUAUGAUCGAUUCAUUAGGGUUCAGUAAAUUCAAUACAUUACAUUGGCAUAUGGUUGAUGCUGUUGCAUUCCCAGUUGAAUCAACCACUUAUCCAGAUUUAACCAAAGGUGCUUUCUCUCCAAGUGCAACUUUCUCUCAUGACGAUAUUCAAGAGGUUGUAGCAUAUGCUAAAACCUAUGGUAUUCGUGUAAUUCCUGAAUUCGAUAUACCAGGCCAUGCUGCUGCUUGGGGAAUUGGUUAUCCAGAAUUGGUUGCAACUUGUCCAGAUUAUGCUGCAAAUGUUAACAAUAUUCCAUUAGAUAUUUCAAAUCCAGCUACCUUUACAUUCAUUCAAAAUCUUUUCACUGAAAUUGCACCAUUAUUCAUUGAUAAUUAUUUCCAUACUGGUGGUGAUGAAUUAGUUACUGGUUGUUGGCUUGAAGAUCCAGCAAUUGCAAAUUGGAUGACAAAAAUGGGUUUCUCAACUACUGAUGCUUUCCAAUAUUUUGAAAAUAAUUUGGAUGUUACUAUGAAAUCAAUUAAUCGUACUAAAAUUACAUGGAAUGAUCCAAUUGAUUAUGGUGUUCAAUUAAAUCCAGAAACAUUAGUUCAAGUUUGGAGUAGUGGUUCAGAUUUACAAGGAAUUGUAAAUAGUGGUUAUAAAGCACUUGUAUCAUUUGCAUGGUAUUUAGAUAAACAAAAUCCAGAUAAUAACAUUCAUUAUGAAUGGCAAGAUACUUGGCAAGAUUUUUAUGCUGCUGAUCCAACAAAUAAUAUCUCUACAAACGCUGAAAAUAUUAUUGGUGGUGAAGCAACAAUGUGGGCUGAACAAAUUAAUCAAGUAAAUUGGGAUGUUAGAGUUUGGCCAAGAGCAAUCGGUAUCGCUGAAAGAUUAUGGUCUGCUCAAAGUGUUAACUCUGUCUCUUUAGCACUCCCACGUAUUGGUCAUUUUACUUGUGAUCUCUCACGUCGUGGUAUUCAAUCUGGUCCAUUAUUCCCAGACUAUUGUCCAAUGCAAGAUGAUUUGGUUUUCACUAUGAAACCAAAUACUAAACUUUCAAAAUCUGAAAUUAAAUUAAUUUUAAAUAAAUAA